CCCUCUCCUUCUCCAAUAACCUUGCUCUUCCAUAAGAGCCUCCCGCGAUGCUGUUUGACCCCUCAACAUCACAACAUCUGAAACCAUGGCUUACCAAGACGCUCGAGCCCAUAUGUGACGCCGACCCAGAAGCCCUAGCAGAGUACAUCCAAGCGCUGUUAAAACACAAUGCACCGGAGGCUGAACUAAGAAAAGAGCUUGCAGCACAACUAGAGGAGUUCCUCGAAAAAGAGUGUUCCUCGUUCAUCGACAUGCUCUUCACUACUCUUCGCACAAAGUCAUAUCUACCAUACUCCGCACAGCCCGACGACACACCGUCUUCAUCACUAGACCAGGGCAUUCCUAUUCCACUCGACGCUCUGAUGGGUCCAUCCGGCUCAGCAUCGCCAGAACGCUCUCGAAAACGUGCUAUGGAAUACGAUGAGCGUGAUGGGCGACCGGCGAAGGGCCCAAGACUGAGCCACGACGGUCAGUUUGCGAGGAACGGUCGAGGGUAUGAGAAUUUCGGUUAUGGGCGUGGUGGAGAUCGAGGGCGGAGAGGCAUGGGGAUGGGAAUGGGUCGCGGUGGGAUGGAAAUGGGCAGGGGUGGAGGUAUGGGGAUGAUCAAUGGCAUGAAUGGGGCAGGGAUGGGAGAAGGUGCGGGUAUGAACGGGCGGGUACCUCAUUAUCGGCCGCCAGAUCAGAGAAGGGGUAUAUGUCGCGAUUAUCACAAUAACGGGUACUGCGCGCGAGGCUCGACCUGCAAAUACAGUCAUGGUGACGAUGCCUUCGUUCCCGGCCAGUCCUACCCAAUGAAUGGGGGCGGCCCAAUGCCUUACAUGCCCAUGUUUCAGAACGGUGGAGUUUCCCUUAAUGGGAUGGGCGCCGGCCCAGCGUACGACCCUCACGACUCUCGAAUCGACAUGCGACCAAACGGAGGCGUUGGACCAGGUGCACGUCCACCCCGAGCACCCGUCAUACCUCGAGACAAAAUGGAAAGUGGCGCCGGUGGCUCAUUACGAUCAGGCGAACUUCCCGUCAUCCAGGAUCUCACACCUCGGGAUCCUAACGACCCAUCAUCUCGCUCGAAUGGAGCUUCACUACCAAACGGGGUACCGGCUGGCGACAUGGCGAACGGGAUGGGGCACCCUACGCCUGGUGCGGUCGAUAACUCUAUGAACGUGGACUCUAAUUUCAUGAAGACCAAUCCUUCCAUCCAAAUGGGCAACCGCUCCGCUCACCAUCCGAUGUCCAGCAACACUCAUCAUCCCCAAUCCCGAGGUUAUCGUGCAAAGCGAGGGGGCGGCCGCGGUGCAAACCGAGCUGGAACUUUCCCCGCCGAAGUCCACGAUUUCAGACCGGAGCCCGGUUCCAAACCGGACAAACGAGCGGACAAGACCCUCGUCGUUGAAAAGAUUCCCGAGGACAAGCUCUCGCUCGAGAACGUGAACGGCUGGUUCAAACAGUUCGGCACGGUCACGAACGUCGCCAUCGACCCGAAGAGCCAGAAGGCGCUCGUCAGUUUUUCGAAACAUGAGGAGGCGCAUGCGGCGUGGAGUUCGGAGGAGGCGGUAUUUAAAAACCGGUUCGUUAAGUUAUUUUGGCACAGGCCGCUGGAGGGGAAGGGGGAGAAGGGGGAGAAGAUGCUGGCGGCUUCGGCGCCUCUAGUGGCGAAUAUGGCUGCGAAAGCGAAUUCUGCUGCCGCUGUGCCUUCCACUUCGAGUUCAAAAGCAGCACCGUCAGAACAACCACCGUCUGCCUUCCGAAAAUCAUCGACUCCUUCCGCUGCUAUGUCUGCUCUUGCUGCGAAGCAGCAACGACUGGAACAGCAGAUCGCGGAACAGAAGGCUCUUGUGGCACGAUUAGACGGUGCUUCUGGAGACGAGAAGAAAAACAUCAUGGCUCGGUUGCGGAAACUGAACGAGGAGAUGACGGGGGCUUCUACCCCUUCGACGCCACCGCCACCUUCGUCUUCAAAUCUCAAGGGGAGAUCGAGCGCCACGCCACGGCCGGACGAUAAAGAGCAGAAGGAGCGGGAGAGGUUGGAUAAGGAAUUGGAGAUGCAUUCUGCGACCGUGGGCUCGGAUGGAGGGGAGGAGGAGACGACGGAAUCAUUGCGGGCAAAGUUGGAGAAGUUGAAAGCCGAGGCUACCAGUCUAGGGAUCGACCCAUCCGCCCCAGAUGGUCCUUCGUACGGUUCUUACCGUGGAUAUCGUGGUCGCGGUCGCGGUUCGCGGAGUUACUACCGUGGCGCCACGAGAGGUGGUGGGCCUGCCCGUGCGAGCAUGAAGCUCGACAAUCGACCGAAAAAGCUAGUCGUCAGGGACGUCAGCGAAGACUCACUACAAGCUGUACGGGAUUGGUUCGAGACGACUGGACAGGUGGACUCGGUAGAGAGGUCGGCCGAGGGGGAUGUCGUCGUCAGCUUCAAGAGUCGAGGGGGAGCCGAGCAGGGUCUUGCAAAAGGGAGCACCAUUGCCCUCGUUGGUCCGAAGGAGAUCAGCUGGGUCACCGGCCAACCCACUCACAAAGCCAACACCUCACAUCUCAGUGCUGAAUCCAAGACCGACGACAACGGCGCUCUUGAUGGCACCGACGAUAUAUUCAGCUACGACAGGGCUGGCUCGAUUGAUUUAGGUGGCGGUCCUGACGACGACGUGAUCAUCUCGAGCGGCUGGGGAGGCGAUAAUGAUGAUGGGAUGGGACUGUGAAUGCAGGUGUCGAUUGUGGUCGACUAGGGUGGCAGGAUGGUGUGGUAGAUUGAUUUGGCUGGUCGUUUUCCUGUAUUGUUUGUGGCCAUUCCUUUCUUAGUGCGUUGAAGGAA